UUAAAGCUGAAGUCAUGAAGUGAAUGUUGCUUCGUCAGUUCAUCCAAUGAUUGAAACCAGCACACCGACGAUGUUGGACAGAACUGAACCGGCACACUGCACCGUGUGCUGCUGUACGCUGGCCAACAAAAUCCUCAUGGUGCUCUUCAUGGUGCUGCUGAUCUUUGCCAUCUUGUUUGGGAACCUGGUGACUCUGGCUGUGGUUCUGGGGACUAAACACUUCCACACACCACAGGGAUACCUGAAGGCGUCCCUCGCUGUGGCCGAUCUGGCUGUGGGGAUAUUUGUGGUGCCACUGUCUGUCUACGCCGAGGUCUAUCUCAUGGUGACUGACUCUGUUCCAGAGUGGACUUCAUACAACUCUCAGUUGGUGAGUUUCCACCCGUGCAACAUUAUCGGUCCCAUCUUUGCUGGGUGCACCUUGGUCUCCAUAACGACUAUUUUCCUGCUGACGAUCGAGCGAAGCAUCGCCGUGCUGAGGCCGCUGCACAAGGACUCCGUGAUCACUCGGAAAAGGACCACGAUCCUCAUCGUCCUCUCCUGGGUGGGGAGUUUCUUCUUGGCCGUGUCUCCGAUGGUUUUCAGCAGCGAGAUCGCUCUGGAGUACAACUCCUGCAGCCGGAUGUGUAAUUACGCGCUGGGGACCAUCGGCGAGUUCCCGAGCCAGGCCUGGAACAUCCUGCUCCUGUUCCCCGCCUUUGACUUCACCCUCCUCGGCGGCACCGUGGUGAUAAACAUCAUCUCUCUGUCCAGCAUCAGGCAGCACUCGAAGCGCAGGAAACACCUGGCCAUGACCGAGAGCCAAAACACCACCAAUCCCACAUUCUCUGAUAUUAAGGCGGCUAAGACUAUUGGGACUUUAACAGUGGCGUUCACAGCGUCGUUCACGCCCAUCGCCGUCUUCGUUGUGGGGAAUGUGUUGGGGAAUAAAUGGUGCAACUUCUCCUUUUUCGCCUUCUGGAUUCUGGCCACCAACAGUUGCUGGAAUGUCAUUAUCUACAGCGUGAGGGAUCAGAAGUUCAGACUUUGCGCACACAAGCUCCUCAUGCCUUUCCAGAGAAAGAACACAACCAAAACCUAAAACCUUCAGGGACCAAAGCCUUCAGACAAAUCUGAGCAGGGCUGCAUCAUUUAGGUGUUUGUUUGUCACACAAACUCUUUGUUCAGCACACGUUGUGAGUCUCGUUAAGAGAUGUGUCUGCAUGUCUUUGGAUUGCUGUUGUGAAAUUACAGUUUUUUUUACCUCA